CAUGUGGUAGUUCCUAUCUCCCUAUAAAGACCAAACGGCUCUGUUUUCUUUGGCUACUAGAGAAAUAAACAUAACAUGGAGGGUCUAAUUCCGUUUGUUUAUAGAGCCGUCAUGCAAAUCCGUUACCGCGACGAGCUUUCUUCUUCUUACUAUGUUCGUCUUCCGGGCGAUUCAGGGCGGUUCGGAUCGGGUCUUGGAUCUUCUUCGGAUACAGCGUCGUCGAAGACCACGAUCACUACCACUACGUUUGCUGUUUCCACUGGAGGCCAGUCACCCGUUCACCGUCGAGUCGUGACAUGAUGCGACGGGAACUUGCAGAUGCGCGUCAGGGAAAGUCCGUGACUUUGUAAUAAGUAAUUACUAUUGGUUAGGUUAAGUGUCUGAUAUUUUUUAUGAGUUAUGUAGGGUUUGGACCGGUUGAAGAAACCUGAUAUGUAAUAAGGGUAGGGAGAUUGAUUCUCUAAGCGUGGGAUUUUCACCCAAAGGGUAGUCUCAUGCAUGGCUUUUGUGUAUGUGUGUUUUAAGGGACUUUUAAUUGUAUAAAAAUUAUAUGAAUAUUUGAUAUACUUUUGAGAAUUA